UUGACGACAGCCUCAUUAAGCGUUUAUAAGAGCGCCUGUCUGAUCUCACCAGCGUCUAGUUGGAGAAGAUUCAGCGAGACAACAUAUCGGGAGUGAACAGAUCUGGAUCUACAAUCUGGAGCUGCCACUUAACAUGAAAGUGUCCCAAUGGAACUAAAUUCAUCAAACCUCCUCUGCAAUGACACAGUCGUCUGGAUAUGGCUGUCGUCUCUCCAGCCUCCAUUUCUGGCCCUUAUCAGCAUCCUGGGAGUGGUGGGCAACAGUCUGGUCCUCUGCGUGUUCUGCCUCCAGCGGAAGCCAUGCACCGUAGCUGAUGUGUAUCUGGGCAACCUGGCAGCUGCAGACCUCAUUAUGGUCCUGUGUUUACCCUUCUGGACGGUCACCAUCUCCCAAGGCUAUCAGUGGAACUUUGGUCAGCUGCUCUGCAAGGUGAUCAACACUGCCAUUUCGAUGAACUACUACUGCAGCAUACUCUUCCUAGUGUUGGUCAGCAUGGACCGCUACCUCGCCUUGGCCAAACCCAUGAAUCCCAGUAAGUUCAGAUGCCCCAAAUCGGCCAAACGUAUCUGUGUGGUGAUUUGGGCGGUGGGAUUCAUGCUCAGCCUCCCAGCUCUGCUCUUCCGAAGAGUAAGUUUCGUUCCAUUCGUAGAGGUGGAAGCCUGUUACCUAGCAUACCCUCAUCCAGCCUGGGUUCUCCAAUGGAACCUCACGAAAAACUUCAUUGGGUUCCUGGUUCCGCUGCCAAUUAUUUCACUUUGUACUUUUCACAUGGUCAAAGCGCUUAAAAACCGUGGUCUGGUGAUUCAACCGAGAGUUCAAAUGGAGAGGAAGGCCGCUCGGCUGAUUCUGACGGUCCUCGCCGUGUUUCUCCUCUGCUGGACGCCAUUUCAGUUGUUGCGGUUCCUAGAAACUCUCAACUACUUUCAGCUCUUUUCUGGGUGUCUCUGGGAGCACAUAUUGCAAAUAGGCAACCAGCUGGCUACUUAUUUAGGGUAUAGCAAUAGCGCAAUAAACCCUUUCUUGUAUGUCAUUGUAGGAAGCCACUUCAGGAAGAGAGCUCAAGGAGUUUUUCAGGGUCUUUUGUGUUCUAGACGGAAGAGCAACACCUCUGUGCUCUUAAAUGUUACUGUUAUCAGCAAGUGCAGUGAUAGUCCUAAAGAUAACAGAAUAACACCGGUGGCACUGAGAGCUGUAUAUCCACCGAUCAAACCUCACAUGAUGUGUAGAUCAUUAUGAAGAGGGAAAGAAGCUUAACUGGUUGAGGUCGAGGGUUUGAUUGGCAACACUUUAUUUUGAUGGUUCCCUUAACAGGCAUUCUACUGACUAUAAGUAGUAUUC